AUGGCUUCUACGGCUGAAAUUCCGCAUGCAGUUGUCCUGUCCGGACCGCUGUUCUACCAGCCACACAUUACGGCCCUGUAUGGUGGCUACAAGAGGACUGAAAAUCUUUUCCAAAAGGCGACGUAUCAGAAAGACCCUCUGCAAAGGGAGGGCAUUCAAGACCAGAUGAGCUAUCUUUAUUUCUCACUAGCAGAUGGAAAGUGGUGCGUGGGCACGAAGCUAGGUGCUACCAUUGCCGAGCUGCCCGAAGCCGGGCGCAGCUGCCCCCCAGUGCUGAUCUACCAGGCUGCGGGCACCGACCCGGAGCAGGCAUUUCCUAACCUUCGCGGCUAUGUUUCCUGGGCAGCUAACCUGACUGGAAAACCAGGUUAUUUUGCUUUCGAUCACCUGAUCGUGUUGGAGGCGUUGUUCUUGCCAGAAGAGGCUGCCGAUCAGAGUUCUGAGGGGGCCUUCAUGCAUAUCCUGGUUCAGCGGUAUGUUGAUUACGAGUUUCCGCCAAGUGGUGUGUCGCUCCUCGGCGAGCCACCAGCUCUGAAGCCGCGUCGCAGCGCCAGGGCCGCCUGGCGACCCAGCGCAGCGAUGGCAGGAUUGCAGCGUUCUCUCCAGGUGUUCGACCGCGAGACAGAGCCCGGUGCCACGCGUGACUGGGUUGGCUUGGCCAGCACGGCACCGACAGACGUCAGCUUCAGUCGAUCCGUACUUGCUGCCGUCCGCGAGUAUCCAGCGCAUGUGGAGGGGCUUCUGAGGAGCGGGCCCCUCGUCACGGACGGCAAGUACCGCGUCUGCUUGUUCGAUGUCUGGGAAAAGGAAUGGAGAGAGCUGUGUGUAGACGACUUCGUGCCCACAGUGAGGGAGCCGCAAGCAUCUACGCCGACGCACUGGGCUGGCGGUUCUCUGCGCCCUUUCUGGGUGAUGCUGCUGGAAAAAGCGCUGGCAAAGCUUUGUGGAAGUUACGAGGCAUUGGAGUGCUCACACCCCGGUGGGCUCUUGGCUGCGCUCACAGGUCAGGCCGAAGGACUGCUCCACUGGGAAAAAACGAACGGUUGGUGGGCUGCAUGGCGUCAUGCAUUUCCCAUUGUGGACCGGAGUGUGCGAAUGCCUUCUCCUUCUCCGUGCCUGCACCGCCGAGCGUCUGCGCGACGCCCGCUCAAGUUCCAGCUCCAACGUGUAGGGGGCACAUGGCAUCGUGGCGACGAAUUCUUGGCAGAGUUGAGGGAGCUGCACGACAAGAACGCGCUGCUCCUUGCUUGGAUAUUUCCAGGCGAGCGAGGAGAUGCGACACCUCCCCGCGCCGACGGACUGGCAGAGGGCCAUGGCUAUUCCAUCGUGAACUUCCUCGUGGAGAAGGAUGUGCAGCUUGUUCAGCUGAGAAACCUUUGGGGCUCUACCUGGAAAGGUGCAUGGUCGGAUGAUUCCCGCGAGUGGCUCGACAAUCCACAGAUCCGCCGCCACCAUUUUCGACCAGACCAUCGUGCUACAGGCCGUUUCUGGAUGUCAUGGGCAGACUUUUCCUUGAUCUUCGAUGCAGUCGAGACCUGUCCCAUGGUGUCUGCAGUUCGGAAGGCAUCAUACGCACCCUUGAAUCCGCGUCCACACAGCAAGCAAGAUCAUCCAUCCGGCGCCUUCUUAAGACUUUGGAGGUGGGAAUGCUGUGACGUCGAGCGCGGCUCUUGA